AUGCUGCAGGAGCUGGACCAAUUGGAGGCCUUCGAAUCGGCGGCGCUCGAGGCGGCGGUUGCGGAGCGCGAGGCACUCGUGGCAGCAGCGGCGGCGGCGGCGGGCGCGUCCCCGGAGUCGCCCGCGGCGGCGGGGCCGCACCCCCGCCCGCCGCCGCCGGCCGCGCAGCAGCUGCUGUGCCCGGUGUGCAUGGGCGCAUUCCUGCUGCAGCGGGCGGGGGUGGUGGUUUGCCCCAGGGGCUGCCUGCAGCUCAACCUGGCUGCCGAGAGCCUGUCACUGGGUGACCUCAGGGCGCGCCUAGAGCAGGUGUAUGAGGAGCACCGAGCGACGGGCUGCGGAGGGUCGCUCGUGUUUCGGAUGGAGGACCUGUUCGGGAGCCGCAGCCUCACGAGCAGCUGCGCCGCGGGCUGCCCACAUUACCGAGUCGUGGCAUGA